UUGAGCAGGCAGCCCCUCGGCCUUUUGUUCCAUUAUUCAUCCACCCCUUAGCUUUAGUUUUCGAUCUCUCACAACAUUUCACAAUUCUAUCCACCCAAACACAUUCUUAAUUAAUAAUAUCACAUCAAAUUUUGCUUAGCUUCUUCCAUCUCUUAAUACUUUCUUCUCCAUAUACGGAGUAUUACAUUAUAUAUGUACAAAUAACUAAAUUGUGUUGCAGAUUAUUUCAUCAAUGCUGCCCUCAUUGCUUGUUCUUCUCUGCUUCCUGCUUGUGCUCACAACUUCUUAUGAUGCUGCUGCUGUUGUUCACAACAGCUAUGGGGACAAACAGGUCUUGUCAUUGCAGAAGCUUCAAUGGAGAAAGCAGCUGUACAACAACCAGCUUAACCCUUCAAGGUCUCCAGCCCAGAAAUCAAGGAAAGAAAAUGGCGCAAUAGUACUGGAAAUGAGGCAUACAGAUCACUUCUUCAUGUCUUCUGGAUCAUUGAUAAAGAAUUGGGAUCAAUGGCAGCAGCAACUUAUAAGAGAUGAUGAAAUUCGGGUCGGGUCAAUACAAUCGUGGGUCAAGAGCGCAGAAGACUCAGCCCAAUCUUUUACCCAGACCCAACCAAUCACGUCCGGUCUCAAACUACAGACUCUAAACUACAUUGUGACCAUAACCAUAGGCACCACGAACAUGACAGUCAUUGUAGACACCGGGAGUGAUCUGACAUGGGUUCAAUGCCAGCCGUGCACCUCAUGUUAUACCCAACCACAACCUCUCUAUAACCCUGAAUCCUCACCUUCGUAUCUUUCCGUUCCAUGCAAUGCCACAGCCUGUCAUAAUCUCUCAACCGGGAAUUCAGGUCUUUGUAGGGGGAGCUCGAGUGUGUGCAACUACACGGUAAGCUAUGGGGAUGGGUCCUACACUAAUGGGGAGCUAGGUAGGGACCGUUUAGUUCUCGGAAGCACUUCCAUUGAUGGAUUUGUAUUUGGGUGUGGGAAGAACAAUAAAGGUCUGUUUGGUUCAGCCUCAGGCCUAAUGGGGCUAGGAAGGAGUGACCUGUCUUUGAUUUCUCAGACAUCUGAUGUUUUCGGGAGGGUUUUCUCGUACUGCUUGCCUUCUUCAACUGAUUCUGAGAAUUCCAAGGGCUCCUUGGUUUUCGGAGGCGAUUCGCUGCUUUUCAAGAACUCUACACCCAUCUCUUACACUGCAAUGGUUCAGAAUCCACAGCUUUAUAGCUUCUACAUUCUCAACCAUACAAGAACAAGUAUAGGUGGGGUUUUGGUUCAAGAUUCGAACAGAAGCCAUAUGAUGAUUCUCGAUUCUGGGACAGUUAUUACCAGACUUCCACCGUCUAUCUACAAAGCUUUCAAGGCUGAAUUCUUGAAACAGUUCUCAGGAUACACUAUAGUGACAGGCUACUCAAUUCUAGACACCUGCUUUGAUUUCUCAGCCUAUGAGGAGGUGAAUAUUCCAACUGUCACACUUCAGUUUGAGGGUGGUGCUGAGCUCAGCGUGGACAUCACUGGGAUUUUCUACUUUGCUAAGAGUGACGCUUCUCAGGUGUGUUUGGCUAUGGCAAGCCUCACUUAUGAGGACGAUAUUGGGAUUAUCGGAAACUAUCAGCAGAGGAACACCAGGGUCGUAUACGACACGAAUAAUUCACGAGUGGGGUUUGCAAAAGAGGUUUGCAGUUUCGUGUAAUUUGGCCAAGUUGGGAAUUGACAGUGUGGCAACCUGAGCACAAGCCUUCAGAACACUACCACAGUAAUUGGUGUAAUAUCUGCUAGUUUAAUGUGCUAGGGGUUGCAGUAUAUAUGUAAUGCACGGAAGUUCUAAAAGCUAAGAAUGUAUCAAUGUAGCACAAUCAAGUGGGGAUGGACUGGGCCCGGGCGAUCCGACCCGGGACCCGGACCCGGGGUAGAACGUGUCGGGAUUCGGGCUUGAUUUUUUGGGACCAGCCCAGCCAGGGCCGAUCCCGAUCCGGGCGUAACCGCUACUUUUUCAAAAAAAAAAAAUAGAGGGUGGGCCCGACCCGGGCCCGGUACUGUUUGGGCCCAGACUGAGACUGGUACCGGGCUUCACUUUUUCAGUACCACGACCCACUAGGCCCGGGCCCGGCCCGAGCCCGACCCUACAAUCAAGUGUAAUAUUCAUCUUGACGUGUAUGGUGCACAGCUUUGGGAUCAAUCCAAGUAAUUAAUUGUAUAAUAACCUUUUCAUGAUUAG